AUGUUCCGCAAAAUCUAUUUGAGCGUACUCCGGUUGAAUUCAGCUGGUCCCACCGGGGGCUGGGCGAAAGGUGCUGCACAAUUUGUUCCUACUGGUCGCCGGUUGAGGAACGAAGAGGUCACCGUAGCCUCCCUUCGGGUCGAGGUACGGGACUGGUCUUCCUUCGUGCCCUCCCCUAGGGUUGAGGAACGAAGAGGUCUCCGUAGCCUCCCUUCGGGUCGAGGCACGGGACUGAUCUGCCCUUCGUGCCCUCCCCCUGUGUUGAGGAACGAAGAGGUCUCCGUAGCCUCCCUUCGGGUCGAGGCACGGGACUGGUCUUCCUUCGUGCCCUCCCCUAGGGUUGAGGAACGAAGAGGUCUCCGUAGCCUCCCUUCGGGUCGAGGCACGGGACUGAUCUGCCCUUCGUGCCCUCCCCCUGUGUUGAGGAACGAAGAGGUCUCCGUAGCCUCCCUUCGGGUCGAGGCACGGGACUGGUCUUCCUUCGUGACCUCCCCUAGGGUUGAGGAACGAAGAGGUCACCGUAGCCUCCCUUCGGGUCGAGGCACGGGACUGGUCUUCCUUCGUGACCUCCCCUAG